AUGCGGGACGAGGAAACGAAUAACAAUAUCGUGGGUGUGUCUACCACAAAGCAGGCUUUAUCAGGGCACAAUGUUUCAGCCACCGAGUCCGACGGCACAAAUCCCUUACCACCGCCUGCAGACGACCCAUGGCGUUGUAUGGAAACCAUACAGUUAGAAACGGACCGUUAUCCCCCUAACGAUGAUGACCCAUGGAAUUGUAUGGAAACCAUACAUACAGAAGAAGACCAGAGUCCCUCUACUGUUCCGCGGGACGCGACGUCGGACUGCCCUCACUGGAUUAACUGGAUUGAACAACACAAACAUAUGUUGCGCGAGUGCACGACGCAGCCGUGGUUUAAUGCCCUCAAAUCGGAAUGGAAACACUACCUGCGUGAUCACAUGGCGGCAAACGGAGCAUCCGGUGAGCACCGGACAGCCGCAACCAUGGAAAGGAAGAAAUUGCAUGCAUGGAAAGAAUGGGUAGCGCAACAACAUCAGCAACUCCGUACAUACAGUGAAGAAGAGUGGUUCCCACAUUUGUUGAAUAAUGUAGAGGAGGAGACAGAAUCGCACAAAGGCGAAGUACCUGGAGUUGAAACAGACUUAAACAUGCAAAUAGUACCAGCAGCAGCAGACUUGCUACGAGUGAGAGAUGUACCACGGUCGCAACUGCAUCCGCAACCUUACAUGAACACACCGUUAACCGCUAAAAUAUGGAUGCUCCUUCUCGCGGCCGUAAUCGAAGAAUGCGAGGUCGAGAGACGUAUGCAGCAGACGGAGUUAUAUGUGGAUGACCUAUUGCAAACGUGUUAA